AUGAAAGAACUAAGUUGCGUAGAAUCGGUUCACUGUAGAAAGUUCAUAAUCUCGUUACAUUGUUAUAGGUGGAAUAGUAAUUUAAUUUUGCACCAAAACCAAACAUCGCUGUGUGUGAUUAAAAAUAUACCCAAUAAUUACAGAGACGUUAUGCGGAAUAUUAUCCUCGUGCACUUCGCUGUUCUUCUCGAUUUGCUUUACUCUGUGACUUCAGGCUACCUCCACCACAGGCCAGUGGUGCCGAUGCAGGAUCUUCAUAAACUACACCGGACGUCCACAUUGAGACCAAGAUCAUCCGGGGCUUAUCGUGAGUCACAUCUCGUCAAAUGGCGAGAAAAGUCUUCGAACAGCAUCGAAAUGGUGGUAAAUCCUGUUACAGUGAAAGAAGACUUCAUGAUGCUACCGUAUCAAGAGAUGCCCAAACAAAAGUAUUCAUUGAGUCCCCAGUUCAUAGAUUGGUUAAGUUUCUAUGACUGGAGUCAGUUUCAUGCAAUACCAAUAGGGAAUUCUCCGAAUCUUACUCCUUCUGUUCCUGAUCCUGAUGGUAAAUCGAACGACAACAACAACAACAACAAUAACAACAACAAUAACAACAACAAUAACAACAACAAUAACAACAACAAUGAAAACUCAGAAACCACGUUAUCAACUCUGUUAUAUCCUGGGCAGAACGAUCCGACCCUACCUACUAUUACUACGCAAAAUGCAACUUCGCCGACUCCAGUACCAGAAGUUCUGUGCGUUGGUCUGGCUAACUGUCAACAACAGAUUUGGAAGAAAAGGGCUGGUAGAAAGGGUGUGACGCGAGAAGUUACAAGUCACCAUUUACUGAAAUGA